AUGCAUCAUCAUCACCAACAACAUCAUCAACCACAAAUUCAACAACAGCAACAUACCUCACAACAACAAACUCCCCAACCAUCCCCACAACAUACUUCAAAUGCUAUUUCAUCAGUUUUAUCGAUGUCUGGUUCAGUUUCUUCAGAUUCUAUCCAAUCACCAUUAUAUGAAAUGCCACAUUCACUUCUUUCACAGCAACAACCUCAAACUCAACCUCAAACACAAACUCAAACACAAACUCAAACUCAAGCUCAACCUCAAACACAACCUCAACAACAUCAAUUACAAUCUUCAAAUAACCAAAUUAAUUCAUCUUCAAGCGGUAUUCCAAUUCCUCCAACACAUCAACCUCAACAACCAAGCCAAACUCAACAACAAAACCAAUCAACUUCUCAACAACAAAACCAACCAACAACUUUACAACAAUCACAAUUAUCACCAAGUCUUAAUAAUAAUGUAAAUAAUCCAAUUAGUAGCCCAUCAGAUGACCAAACUCCAACAACCCAAACACCUUCAUCAGUUGUUGGUUCACCAAAAAAUAAAUCAAAGAAAUCAAAAACCUCAACUACAUCCUCAUCAACAACUUCAACCAAUGGUACAACAUCAACCACAUCAAAUACCACAUUAAAUGGUGCAUCAUCAUCAUCAUCGUCAACAUCAUCAUCAUCAUCCAAUAAACAAAAGAAUAAAACUAGUACAAAUGGCGUAGGACAAAGUCCAUUAGAAAGCUCAUUGAAUUCAUUAACCAAAGAACAAUUGGUUCAACUAUGUACACAUUUCUUAGAGGUUGAACAUCCUGAUUUAAUCCAAGAGUUUGAAAAUGCAAUGCCACCACCAGAUCUUCAUGAUAUCAUGCAAGAGUUGGAUGAUCUCCAAAAGAAAUAUAACAAACUCUAUCCAAACAACAAAUUUUGUUAUGAUAAUCAAUCUUAUAACCGUGUGAAAAGUGGUUUGGCCUCUUUUAAAAAGGCAUUAAUUGAGUAUGGCGAUAACUUUAAAGAGAAGAGUGGUUGGGCCACUUUAUUACAAUAUGUAAUUUUGGCAAUUCCUUACGCUCUUCGUAUGCCUCUUUGGGAUGACGAAAAGAAUAAUGCAUCCAGAAUAUCGGCAUUAAGUAAAAUGGAUGUUUUUGGUAAGGCUGCAGUCAAAGGUUUACUCCAAAAUGAUAUACCCCUCGAGAAAUGGGAAAGACAUAGAAAUAGUUUACAUCCUCACUCUUUCUAUCUAAAAUGUACAAUUGAAGAGAUCGAUAAAUGUAUUGAAAAAAGAAGAAAAAAAGAAGAAAAAUCUGAUAAACAACAAUCAAAAAAAAGAAAAAAAUUAAAUCAUAUUAAUGGAAAUAAUACUAAUACCACUACUACUACUACUACUAAUAAUAAUAAUAAUAAUAAUAGUAAUAAUAAUAGUAAUAGUAAUAGUAAUAGUAAUAGUAUUAGUAAUAAUAGCAAUAAUAGUAAUAAUAAUAAUAGUAAUAACAAUAGCAGUAAUGGCAACAACAACAACAACAACAACAACAACAACAACAACAACAAUAAUAGUAGUAAUAAUAUGAAUAAUAUGAAUAAUAGUAAUAAUAUGAAUAGUAUGAAUAAUAGUAAUAAUAAUAACAUUAUGAAUGGUGUUAAUAUGAAUAGUGGUAAUAUACUCAAUAAUAUGCACAAUAAUAUGAUUAGUAAUGGUAUCGGUAAUAUUAGCAUGAACGGAAGCCUUCUACAAAUGGGUAUGGGCAAUGGCGAUAUUAAUAUUAAUAAGUAUUUGUAA